AGUUCUUCCAUGUUAUCCACAUCGAUCGCUUCGAAGAACAACAAUGGAGGAGGUGAAGAAGGUGGAAGCCGAAACGCCGCCGAUUCCGAAUCUGGCUUCGCUUGAACUGUCCAACGACGUUGCCGAUGAGAAAGCUGCGGCUCAAGCUCAACCCAAAGCUUUAGCUGUAGUUGAGAAGGCUCCAGAACCUGUGUUGAGGAAAGCUUCAGAUAGAGAUAUUGCUCUUGCAGAGGUUGAAAAGGAAAAAAAGUUGUCUUUUAUCAUGGCAUGGGAAGAAAGUGAAAAAAGUAAGGCAGAGAACAAGGCCCAAAAGAAGCUCUCUGCUGUUGCUGCAUGGGAAAACAGCAAGAAAGCAUCUGUGGAGGCCAAACUAAGAAAAAUUGAGGAACAAUUAGAGAAGAAGAGGGCAGACUAUGGAGAGAAAAUGAAGAACAAAGCUGCCUUGAUUCAUAAGCAAGCAGAAGAAGAGAGGGCAAUGGUUGAAGCGAAACGUGCGGAAGAUAUUCUCAAAGUAGAGGAGACGGGUGCAAAAUAUCGUGCCACUGGGUCCAUUCCAAAGAAGCUCCUUGGUUGCUUUUGAGGUACUUCUGUGCUGGAAUAAAGCAUUAAAUGUAAUUCCCCUGUUUUACCUGUAUAUUUUUCUUGUUUGUUCACUAUGUGUUGUUUUUGUAUUCAACUGAUUCGAAAAUCAGCAAAUGUAUGAUAUUCUGUGUGUAACAAAUAUCAUGUUUGAUUUGAAGAACGAGUUUGAUUUUUUCACUCGUGAUAGGAAUCUUUUACAAAUAUCUACAAAGAUUUCAGGAGCAGUCUUUCCUUUAAAUGGGAUUAAUUCAUUCUUGGUU